GUCCUUCACGUAUGCGGGCAGAUUGACAUAGUGCGACAAAAGCUAGGUGAGAUCACGCGAAAGGACAUCGAGCGCGGUGUGUCCAGAAGCAUCGUGAAAAGGUUGAUCGUCCGACACCAGAGGAUCAUUUCCUUCUCGCAGAACAUCGAAGCUUUCUUUUCGAACAUCGCGCUCGUACAGUUCGUGUCGAACACUGUGAUCAUCUGCUGCUUGGGAUUUCUCAUCGUCAUCUCCAUCGGUUUGCCGAACGCGUCGACGACCUUAAUAAAAUCCAUGCUGUUUUACAUGGUAAUUAAUUCGGACGCGUUUAUCUUCUGUUUCGUCGGCGAGUAUCUCAGCACGAAGAGCAGAAUGAUCGGCGACGCGGCGUACGAAUCGCUCUGGUACGACUUGAAGCCAAACCAGAAUCGAGAUCUCCUGCUAAUGAUCGUGAGAUCGCAGAAGCACCUGACGCUCACGGUCGGCAAGUUCGUGGACCUUUCGUUAAUCCAAUUCGGCAGUGUCGUGAAAGCCUCGGCGUCAUACGUGUCGGUGUUGCACGCGAUGUACUGA